AUGGGGUUGGGGAAUUUCUUUCUGGGAACGGUCCUCUGCCCCGUGACAGUAGUCACGCCCCCUGGUCCCAUGGCUGGGGUGAGCUACUGUGCUGGGCUCCCCUCUCUGUCCCCUGGCCUAGUGUGCUUCUGUUUGGCAGGGCCCGCUACCAAGGCCCGGCGGGACACCAGCAAACGUGGGCUUCUCUUGUCCAGCUCUCCUCUCAGAGAGGGGCAUCCAUGCUAAACUAAGGCGUAAUUUCACCCUGCUCCUUGAAAAUACCAUAAAUACACGUACAGCUGGGUCUGACAAAGUUUUCAUUGUGGAAAUAGUCUGAAUUGGAUUUUGAAACACACGUGGAAUUAUGAACACCAGUCUUUAUAGACUAUAUUCUAGUUCAUGUGCCUUAUAGAAAGUUUACCAACAUUUUCUUCCCCCCUCGUCUAAAGAACAGCAUCUAGACUUUAGAUAUUAAUUGUAUGUCUAUUGACUUUUACUUUCACAACCAUGAAUCCGAUAGACAACACAGCUGUCAUGUGAACAACUUCAGAGGGCACGCUUGACAAGUGGUUAGAGGAUUACUUCUAUAAUGAACAUUUCAUGGUGUCAGACAGAGGCUGGAGGCAUUGUAGUAAGUUAUCUGGACAGACCUAUCAGAAAGGAGCUGAUGGAGGACUCAGGAAGUCAGCCUUUAGUUCCUCUCCAUCCUAUCAACACAGAUCCAAUCAUGUGUUUCUGGGUGCAGACUUCUUUAUAACAUGAUCAUACCACAGAGAUAAUGCCACAUCCACCGACUCUACAGUAGGCCAUGAAUUAACCCCCAUAUGUGAUUUCGAAUUCACCGUGAUGUGCGUCACACUGGUCAAGGAAUGUCAAUUUUCCGGUCCUCCUUUUAUUAUUGUCAUUUUCCUUUCUUCUUAAUAAACAUGUAAUUUUGUGCCAUGAUUGAUGGACUUUUUAUGACUAUUAUUACUUUCCCCUGUUUCUACUGCAAUGGCCGAUGGCUAAACCAGGCGGCGUCCAACCCCCGCGGUGCCAAUAAAGCUGACACGCUGACGGUAAAGGCCUCUCCUGCUGGGCUUCCUCUCUGUCCAGCUCCUCUCUGUUUCCUCCUGUGAUUCCCAUUAUGCCAUCACACAGCUCCCAGAGACCAUUCACUUCUCCUAUUCGCUUUCCUUCUCACAAAACCCACUGUUGCACACUAUUCCAAUCAAUUAGAAUAAAAGGCUUGUGGUUCAGGUAUGAAAGAGGGUAUUAUUCAGUCUAGACUCUGGAAGGUAUGUAAUAGACAUACCUGGGGCUACGUGGUCAGUUUAUUUGCUUACCAGAAACAAAGGGGUACCCCUUUUUAGCCAAGGGAAAUAUGUUGUUACCACAUCACCUUUUUUUAUGUGUUUCUGGUUUGUAUGUUUUAUACAUCCCAUGAAAGUAUGUAUCUGGAGCAGUUUAACUCACCCCAUGAUGUUGACCUCUGAUAUGAGGACAAAAUAGGUAGACAGGAGGGUCACAUAAGGAGAAAGGAGGGUCAUGUGGUGUGAAAGUAUCAGAAAGCAGACCUUUAGUUUGAGUUUGCAUGGUAAACAGGAAGCAGCCGCAGCAUCCCUGUGUGUGGGUGUAAGACAGCAGAAUAAUAUAUGUAGAUAUGUUCACACAGGUCAUAGGGAGAAGAGAAGCCAACUGUUUCAUUGCUUUGCUGGUAUAUAGUAAUAACCUGCUAUUAUUAUGUUAUGAACUGAAAUCUACUGAAGCAAGUAGAAACAAAUUGCACCAUGCCAAAGGGGGAGAAAUGCAAAAUGUGUAAGAUUAAUGGAAAUUCCUAAAAGUGAUUUAGAAUUAAAUCCUUGAGUCAGACAGGUUGUCACACCCUGGCUCUGGGACUCAUUAUGUUGAGCCAGGGUGUGUUCAUUUCUAUGUGUGUAUUUCUAUGUUGGUGUUCAUUCUAGUUUGUUGUAUUCCAUGUUUGCCUGAGUGACUCCCAAUCAGAGGCAACGAGUGUCAGCUGUUGGCUGGUUGUCUCUGAUUGGGAGCCAUAUUUAAACUGUAUGUUUUCCCUUUGUGGUUGUGGGUUUUUGUUCCGUGUUCGGUCAUUGAUACCGUGGACGUCACGAGUCGUGUUUUGUUUUGGUAUUUUGACGCUUUAACUAAUUAAAGUCAUGUUUGUUCAUCACGCUGCGCCUUGGUCUACUCCUUACCUCGACCUUGACAGAAAAACCCACCAUGCAACGACCAAGCAGCGUGUCCAGGGGCAGCUCUUGGGCUGGACAUGGGAGGAAGCGCCGGGAGAAGAGACGGUGGAGGCGCGCCGUAGAGAGGAGCUACGGCGUGAUCAGGGUCGUCGUCGGACGGUCGUGAGGCAACCCCAGAAAAUUUUUAGGGGGGGGCACACGGCAUGGACGACGGGGCUGACGGAGGAGAAAAGGGGGCGGAUCCAGAAGGCCACCAGGCCAGGGGUACACCGCCCUGUACGUCCUGUGCAGAUGCCUCACACAGAGUGUGUGAGGGUAGGCAUUCAGCCAGGACGGGUGGUGGCCGCUCUUCACUCCAGGCCUCCUAUCCGUCUCCACAGCCCGGUUCGGCCUGUCCCUGCUCCACGCACCAAGCCUACGGUGUGCGUCGCCAGCCCAGUCCGGCCUGUCCCUGCUCCACGCACCAAGCCUACGGUGUGCGUCGACAGCCCAGCCCGGCCUGUCCCUGCUCCACGCACCAAGCCUACGGUGUGCGUCGACAGCCCAGCCCGGCCUGUCCCUGCUCCACGCACUAAACCUACGGUGCGCGUCGCCAGCCCGGUCCGGCCUGUUCCUGCCACCCGCACCAAGUCUACGGUGCGCGUCGCCAACCCGACCCGGCCUGUUCCUGCCACUCGCACCAAACCUACGGUGCGCGUCGCCAGCCCGGUCCGGCCUGUUCCUGCCACCCGCACCAAGUCUACGGUGCGCGUCGCCAGCCCGACCCGGCCUGUUCCUGCCACUCGCACCAAACCUACGGUGCGCGUCGCCAGCCCGGUCCGGCCUGUUCCUGGCACUCGCACUAAGCCAGGGGUGCGAGAAGUCAGCCUGGUAAGGCCCGUCCCUCUUCCACGCACCAAGCCAGGGGUGCGAGUCGUCAGCCUGGUAAGGCCCGUUCCUCCUCCACGCACAAAGCCAGGGGUGCGCGUCGUCAGCCUGGUAAGGCCCGUCCCUCCUCCAAGCACCAAGCCAGGGGUGCGAGUCGUCAGCCUGGUAAGGCUCGUUCCUCCUCCACGCACCAAGCCAGGGGUGCGAGUCGACAGCCUGGUAAGGAUCGCUCCUGUUAAGUCCAGUCCUGCUCCAGCCGGCGGGGCCAGACUGGACCAGGGGCACUAUGGGGGGUGUAUUGGAGGGUGGUGGUCAAGGCCGGAGCCAGAACCGCCGCCGAGGAGGUAUGCCCGCCCAGCCCUCCCCUGGUUUGUUUAGUUGAGGCGCGGUCGCAGUCCGCGCCUUUAGCGGGGGGUACUGUCACACCCUGGCUCUGGGACUCAUUAUGUUGAGCCAGGGUGUGUUCAUUUCUAUGUGUGUAUUUCUAUGUUGGUGUUCAUUCUAGUUUGUUGUAUUCUAUGUUUGCCUGAGUGACUCCCAAUCAGAGGCAACGAGUGUCAGCUGUUGGCUGGUUGUCUCUGAUUGGGAGCCAUAUUUAAACUGUAUGUUUUCCCUUUGUGGUUGUGGGUUUUUGUUCCGUGUUCGGUCAUUGAUACCGUGGACGUCACGAGUCGUGUUUUGUUUUGGUAUUUUGACGCUUUAACUAAUUAAAGUCAUGUUUGUUCAUCACGCUGCGCCUUGGUCUACUCCUUACCUCGACCUUGACACAGGUCUGAUACUUGCAUGACAGUCCAUGAUCCAAUCUUUGACCCUGAAGUUCAAUUCCAAUCUAAAAUGAUUUUUCCACUUGGAUAAAUUGUACAUCAACCUCCAAAGAUUAUUAUUUUCAACGAGAAUGCAGAUGUUGAGCACUGGUAUUUUACGACCCAUACCUUUCAAGUCAUUUUCUACUUUAAUUUUGCUAAACCGAAAAUAGCCUUUUAGAACCCACAAGCUACCAAGAUACAUCAUUAACUGCUUUCGAUUUAUGCCAUACAUGAAUAUGUCUAAUAGUGGUAUAGUUUUAUUUGGAUUUCUGGUUGGAAGUGGAAUGACUGACCAUGAUGUUCACUGUCAUCUAUGGAGGUUAAUAUAAUAUAAGAGAGUCUAGUCACUUGAUCCUUUAGUUUUCUACCCAAAGGACUCUAAUGCCUUCUUCAUACCAGACAAACCUCUCAGAUCACAAAGCACUGGGUACAAUGAACCCUAAAAUCAAACAAUUCACAUUUCGAUACACUCUCUUUUGACUGGGGUUAAGUUUAAAUAAUGUUACCUCUGGGGCCCGAUGGCAGAAAAAGAGACUUAUAAGAGCCAUGACUUUGAACAGGGAAUGGGAAUCUUCAAGGCUGUCUGCUGCUUUUACCUGAGUGGCAUUGGAUUGUAAAUUAUGACAGAUGUAUGUAUGUGCAUCACAGGCCACCAUAUGGCCUGAUUUAUGCUAAAUGAUGCACCAGUAGACUCAAUUAUGAGUCAGCCUUGGGUCACACACAAUAAGUGACUUUCACAUCAUAUAAAUCUAUCAAAACAUAAAUCAUCAUCACAGGAUAUUUGUUCAAUGUCACCCACAAAGGUGUUCUCUUGUUACAGCAGAAAACGGUUCUCAAAAAGAAUCCAUGCGUUUAUGUGCUUUCCUUUCAGUCCCAUGAUGCUCUGAAAGACCCCUUCAGUCCAUAACAACUAGCCUAGCUAUAGUUUCAACAUUACUGCUAUUGGUGUCUUGCUUGUGGCGCUUUGAAGGAAGUAAAUGCAAAUAUAUCAACCUCAAAUGAAAGAGGAUGACAUGCACACAAAGGGAAAGGGUUUAAGCUCUGUCAUUCAUCACUCUCAGUGUCAAUCACUCAAAAUAUAUGCAUAGAUGAUUAGUUCCUGGUCUCCUCCAAGGCCUAUUUAAAGCUGAAGUGUAAUAAGAGACAGUGAAUGACAUUUCUCACAGGUCUCCAAUCACACCAAUUGCUCAGCUGAACUCCAUUUACUAUGGGCAUUCCAUUGAACCUGGGUACUCUGCUGCUGAUACUCCUCUUCUACACACAAGGUAAAGAAAGCAAAUACCUAGACCGUAUAUGUACAGUGAGCUCCAAAAGUAUUGGAACAGUGAGAUAUUUGUUGUUGUUGUGGCUCUGUACUCCAGUGCUUUGGAUGAUACAAUGACUAUGUGGUUAAAGUGCAGAUUGUCAGCUUUAAUUUGAGGGUAUUUUCAUCCAUAUCGGGUGAACCGUUUAGAAAUUACAGCACUUUUUGUACAUAGUCCCCCCCCAUUUACAUUUUAGUCAUUUAGCAGACGCUCUUAUCCAGAGCGACUUACAGUUAGUGAGUGCAUACGUUUUUUUAUUGUAAAUAAGAGUAGAAUAUGUUUCUAAACACUUCUACAUUAAUGUGGAUGCUACCGUGAUUACGGAUAAUCCUGACUGAAUCGUGAAUAAUGAUGAGUGAGAAAGUUACAGAGGCAUAAACAUAUUCUAUUUUUAUUUACAAUAAAAGUGACUCCAAAAUGACACAAUACAUUAUUUACAAUUCAUUUCUAUUGGGCACAAAAUAAUCUGAAACACAACCAAAACAAACAGCAAAUGCUUCCAACAAAUGUUUACAGUCACAAGCUUGAUGUAGUUCUUAAAUAUGGGACCAAAUAAGUUUUACUACUUUAAUACAGUGAAUUUGUCCCAAUACCUUUGCUCCCCUAAAAUGGGGGGACUAUGUACAAAAAGUGCUGUAAUUUCUAAAUGGUUCUAGAUGGAAAUACCCUCAAAUUAAAGCUGACAGUCUGCACUUUAAUCUCAUAGUCAUUUUAUCAUUUCAAAUCCAAUGUGCAGUACAGAGCCAAAAUAACAAAAAUGUGUCAGUCCCAAUACUUUUGGUGCUCAAUGUAUGUAUUGAUUCAGGGUAUUGUUGUACUUUUGCAGUCUACUACUACUAAUCCAAACCUGUACUGUAUCAGGUAUUAAGCAAGAAGAAGGUAUCAAGUAAGAAGAAAAAUGCACAAUGUCUGGUGUGUUAGAUAUUAUGGGUUGAGAGUGGAUCCUGAUUGUUGAUGUUGUCACAGUGCACGCAGGGCGUAUCUAUGGGGGCAAGGAGGCUGUGCCCCACAGCAGACCCUACAUGGUGCUCCUGGAGAAGGCUGUCUCCAAAAACCGGAAGGCAGGAAGCUGUGGUGGUUUUCUAGUGAGAGAGGACUUUGUGAUGACUGCCGCCCACUGCAAUGGGGGGUCAGUAAUGUCUGCUUAUCUAGUGAGGGAAAACCAAGGGCAAAUAUAUGUGGAGCCCGUUGGGCCCCAUUAUCUGCCCUAUAAAUGCUUUAACUGUUUCUCCUUAAUACUCAGUACCUUAUAGCUAUAUGCAUAGAAUUAGAAUUCUGCCAGAGGAAGUGCAAAAUUGAUGCUGGUCAAACUGCAAUUUCUAUUGGAAUGUUUUGUGAAUCUCACCAACUAAAUUUUAAUAGGCUACCAUUUCAAUGUCUCUAGGUUUUUCACACCUGAAUAUCUUUACUGUUUUUAGCCUAGGGCUAUCCUACCCUAACGUUGCAUUUACACAUUUUGACAUAAUGUAUUUCUAACAUCCACUUUGGAGCAUUUAGACGUGAAACACAGCUUAGCCCAGGGCUAAGACCUCCAAUAGCCAAAGGCUGGGAUAAAAGGUGCAGUAUGAAAAACCUACCAAUAAAUGUAAUAAUGCACCAUUAAGAUAUAUUGCAGACUAUUUAACCCUUAAACAAAAAACACAUGAUUUCAAUUGUGGAAAAUAACAUGAUUUCACAUGACAAUUCACAUAUGAAAUCAUGUGAAACGUGUUUUUGGAACACUUUACGUGAUCACGUUUUCACGUGUAGUUUCAUGUUAUCACAUGUUACUUUACAUGUUGUCACGUUAUCACAUUAACUUCCCGUAAGAUCACGUGAUCACAUGAAAACGUGUUUUCUGAACACUUCACAUGUGAUCACGUGAAAUUCAUGUGGUUUUUCCGUAAGGGAAAUGUCAGAGCACGUGUUGAACCAAGCGGAGAGCAAGGCUAUACAGUAGAUUUACAUUACGUUUUCAAUCAGCAUCCGUGUUAGUCCACUAGUGUCAGCUGCAGAUGUGUGUAAGACCACAGUAUAUUCCAUAGCAUUGUGUCUCUGCGUGUGUGUAUGUUACAGAUCCAUUAAGGUCAAGCUGGGAGUCCACAACGUGCAGCAGGAACAAGGUCAGGAAAUGCUUGUGAAACAGGCAUUUCCACAUCCAAAUUAUGAUAAAGAAUAUAAUAAUGAUAUCAUGCUACUCAAGGUAAAACUCCAAGCUAGGACCUAAAGCUGAGCAUAUUGUUUUUAUUUUCACCUACACAAGUGAAAUUGUGCAUGCACAUUGAUGUCACUACAAUGUCAAAGUAUGAAAUUGAUUUGUAACAAACAGUUAACCACCAUUAAAUUAACCACCAGGCUUGCUGAGUAGACAAUAGAACCAAGGAUGGAAGUUGUAACAUUAGACAACCCUGCUCUCUCUGCCUCCAAGCUGGAGGGGAAUACGGUUUUCACUGACCGUGUGAGACCCAUUGGCCUCCCGCAGACAGAAGAUGAGGAGGUGCCCAAGGACUGUCUGGUGUCAGGCUGGGGACACACUAUCAGGCGAGUAAAUAAAGGCUGCCCUGUGCUACAGGACCUCAACGUGACACUGGAUGAGAAUCAACUUUGCUCUGACAACCAUCAGGUCUGCUCAUCAGGACUAAAUGGACCUGCUCCGGUAAGUGGCGUCUGAAAGUAUAUAAUAUUACAGGGGAAAUAACAUGGGAGGAAUUAAAGAAAAUGAUAGUUUCCCCUUGGUUUGAGAGCAUGAAUCAUUCCAAGGAAAAUGUGCCUUUUCAUUUGCCUGGCUACCCAAACUCCUUACUUUGGCCAAACGCUAUGCCACGCCCAUGGACAUUAGUUUGUUCUCCACAAUUAGUCUGUAUCUGAGUACCUCCCUGAUGAUUUCUAGAACGCAAACACAUUCUAAUCGUUCUGAUUGGUCCUAGAAAACGAUGGGUUGGGCCAAAACACACGUGGGUAAAGGGGUCUUUUGAAAAUUCGGAAUUGGCUGUGAUUCUCUAAUUCAGUGUUUCUUAAUCCUGGUCCUGGGGAACCAAAAGGGUGCACAUCUUAGUUUUUGCCCUAGCACUACACAGCUGAUUCAAAUGAUCAACUCAUCGUCAUCUUUGAUGAUUUGAAACAGGUGUGUAGUGCUGAGGCAAAAACAAAAAUGUGCACCCCUUUGGGUCCCCAGGACCAGGAUUAAGAAACCAAUCGCUGAUUACUUUGUUUUGUACAACACCCCUCAUUGACUUCAACUAUGGCAGUCUCAGACUGAAGUAUGUAGUGAACAUAGAGCAGCGGAAGAAUUCCGUUUUUCAUUUGUUCAGUAUUGUGGUCUAUGUGUGUUAUUUCCAGGGAGACUCUGGUGGUCCAUUAGUCUGUAAUGGUGUGGCCUAUGGGGUGGUGUCUACCAAGACUAGAGACAACACCUACAUCUACAUGCGCAUCCCUGACUACCUGGACUGGAUCAAUGACACCAUGAAGAAUUGAUAUGCCACUGACCAGAAACAUUUUGUUAAUUUGGCCACCCAGGUGCCUAGAACAUGAUUAUGAUACUGUGAAGAAUCAUAAUGUGCUUAUGAUGCUUUCUGAUUGAUUUACCAGUGCUGGUUAAUGUCUUUGCCCAGAGCCGCCUCUUGCUAUACGGAUACUUUUUUUGUUAUUUUUUUGUUUGUUCUUUUUUAUUCAGUGAGAGCUAGAAAAGUAGAAUACACAAGUUGCCAUUUUGAAAUUUGGUAGUGCAUCAGCUGUUUUCCACUUGUUAUGUCAGUCACUGACAGUCACUCAAUUAACCCAUGCCAGCUAAAAAAUGUAUUGCUAGGUAAGGUAGUCUAGCCAGCUAUCUAAACCUUGU